AUGGAUUUCAAAGUUUCAUACGAGCGAUUCAUUCAAAAUGUGAAGUACCAGUUAAUAAGAAUCGAGAAGAACAUUGAGAAGGAUGUUUCCGAGUGGGAAAUUAAACUUGCCCCAUCAGAUCGAAUUAGCGUCAAAGCGAACGUGCUCGAUAGCAAGGGUACAACAUUUAAGGAUCACGAAUGUAAACUGGAAUCUAAAAUCGUCGAAUUUGAACAAAGAGUUGUAAAGCUUGAAAAGGAGAAGGAUCGCAUGAAAUUAGACAUACUGAAUCUCAAGCAAGAAAAAAGCGUAUUAUCGAAUAAGCUGAAUCAUUUUCAAGAGCUAAAACUAUUCGAAUAUAGAUUGAAUAAAACUCUAGAACGAAAAAUUCGUAAUAAGACUGAUUUAAAGGCACAAGUUUCUAAUAAUUUACAAGAGAUAGGUCGAUUGGAGAAACAGCUCAAAAAUGAGAAAAAUUUCCACUCAGCUAUCGAGAAGGAGAAAAAAUCGCUGGAGAGAAAAAUCGAAGAGCUACAGAGACAAACCACCGAGUCGAAUAAAGCAAAUCCCCAAAACUUAAAGCCUCUUAAAGCCAAAAAGAUGAUGAAGAAGAAGAAAGCAAACCACGAAAAUAUUUAUAAGUGUAAAUCCAGGCUGAAAGAGAGUAAAACGAAACUAAAAUAUGCAGACCGUGAAAAUUCCCAAUUGGCUGAAAAAAACUUUUUUUUGGUAGUCGAGGAUGCCCUCAAGCAAGAGAAAAAGAAAACCCAGGAAAUAAACACGCUACUGGAAAAAUGGAAGAAAAAAUUUCACGAACUGGAAGAAAAAAUUCAAACGACAGUGCAAAACCAGGCUGCAUAUGAAUUUCCAAUGAAAGAAAUCGAUGAGGAGGAAGAACUACGCAAGAUCCACAACAGACUGCAGUCAACAAGGAUGAGAACAUCGCAACAACAACAAAAUAAUUACAAUAGAAGCACACAAGCCAACAACUACAACUACAAUCGUAAUAACAAAAACAACAGAUAA